AUGGAACCUGUAUCACAACAGCGACUUGACGAAUUGAAGGCAAAAAUAGCAUUGCUUGAGGGUGAUCGCAAAGCAUAUUAUGAAAAUUCCGUACAAGCUGUUUCAGAGAAUAAGAAACGAGUGUCAGAUCUUCGUCUUGAAAAUAAUAAACUAAGAAAUAUCCUUCGAGAAAGGCUCUCGGCUGAUCAACAUAUCAUCAAUCAUGUCCUGCACAACAGACAGGCUGAUAGGGUUUGCAUGUCUAAUAAAACUGGGGCAAUGGUAAUCGAACUUUUGGACAAUCGCACGUGUGAUGCAAGGAAAAAGCUUAAUUCUUUGAAGCAUAUGACUGUUCAAAAGGAGAAGAAAAUAGAAGAGAUGAAAUCUCAGUAUAGAGAGAUUACGGAACUUAUUGAGUACGGAAACGCAACCUAUGCAGGAACUAAUAAAGAGGGGAAAAUGUUAAGAAACUUAGAAAACCGACUUGACAAAGCUCUGCUUAAAUACCACGAAGCAGAACACAUCAGAAAAACCUAUGAACAAAUAAAAGAAAAGCUUCAAGAUGAACAUCUAACAUAUGAACACAGUUUGAACUCUCUUGAAAAGCAAAUAAAAGCCACUCAAGUUGAAGUUUCAGAGCUACAACGAAUGUAUAAUGAUGCCAUUGUGGCCAGGGAUACCGCACAACAGGAGUUGAAGUUUCAAGAAGAACAUACCACAAACGAACGUCGACGUCGAGAAAUAGAACUCGCAAACAUGAAAAGAAUUGCCGAGGGCAAGAAGCUCGCUGUUGAUAGGAGUGACUACCAACAAGGUAGAGAGUCACUUUCUUCUGCUAACGUACCAAGUGGAAGUGUUCAAGGAGACAGCAUUGGUACUGGAGAACGAAUUUCGGGAACAGGUGGGAUAAGUAUAACAGAAGAACAACAAAUGAAAAUAUCUAAAUAUGAGGAGUCAUUUAAAACUAUUAAAGAAGUCACUGGACUGUCUGAUCUUGAUCAAAUUGUUAAAAGGUUUGAAAGUCAAGGGGAAACUUUACGAAAUCUAAAUGAAUUGAAAGACAAAGCUGAAGAACAAUGUCAAAAACUUCGUAAACAAAGGGAUCAACUACAGCAAGAGUUUGAAGAACUUAAGUAUUCUGGAGAAACGGAAAUAGAAAGCACUAAUCAAGUAAUAAAACAACAUCAGAAUGAAGCACAAAUAGAAAGUGAACGUCGUAUAAAAUGUUAUCAAAAUUUAGAAAAUGCUAAUCAUCUUUUAAUUCAAUGUAAAACUGGAGUUGAUCAUAUUUAUGAUAAAUUAUCUUUUUUAAAUAUGCACAUAACAAAAGGUAUUGAACAUUUUCAUAAAGAUGGUGAAGAAAAGGACGAAGAAUUAGUUGUAGAUGAACAAAAUAUUAUCGAUAAUAGUGACAUACCAGAAAUGUUAAAAAUAUGUAAUAAUAAAUUAGAUGAACUUAUGAGUAGUUUAAAUGAUGUUAAUAUUGAAGAACAACUUAAUUUAAUAGAACAAGAAGAAUUUUACACAAAGCUUGAUAGUAAAUUACCCGAGAACAAUAUAAGAAUACAAUUUCCAAAAGUAAAGAAUGAAGGUAAUCCUGAUGAUGAUGAUGGUGGAGCAGAUGAUAAUGAAGUGUUAACUAGAGCUGCUUUAAAGAAACAAGCUCAGCAAAUAGUUGAAAUGAGAAAUAAGAAGAGACAAACUAGAAAGAAGAAAAGAAGAGUUCGAUAA